AUGGCCUCUGGCAGCUGCCGGUGUCAUUGCAUCAUUUAUACGGCCUGCACUCCCCUGACCUACCUGGUCAGUUGCCACUGCACAACCUGCCGCAAACAAGCCGGUGCACCCUAUCAGACUUGGGCAAUCUUCACGACUGACGAUAUCCGAUGGCAUGUCAAUCCCACAGAAGGACAGGUAACCAAUGAAGCUACACGCACAUUAUGUCCUCAAUGCAGUUCGACUAUAAAAGCAUUCCUAGCAUAG